UCCCAAAUAAAACGCUCCUCCCCUCAAAACCAAACCAAAUCUGGUCGCACCAGUUGUCUUCUCGCAGACGAACAAGCCGUUUGAAUUCCCAAACAAGACAAAGAUUCCAUUUUCCCAAUCACUACAAUAUGAGCGACCACAAGGCGGCAGCUGCACCACCUGCACCUGAUCACCCACCACCACCAUCUCACUCCCAAGACUACGCUCCAUACCCUAAGCUUGACCUCAAUGACGUCGCUCCGCCUCCCCACUCCGAAACUUGGACCUCCGUCUCCAUCGCCUCUGAACCGCCGAAAUCGGAGGGUCCGCCGGUGCAGCCGCCUGUGUCUCCACCGGUGUCCGAUCCGGUGGUUCACGCCGAGGCUCGCGGUCCGAUCCACGGCGACGCCGCCACCUCCAUGCCGGCGGAGUCCAAUCCCUACGUUGCCACUCCUGCGCCGCCUCCCCCCUCCUCCGUCAAGAAAUCGAUGGAUUCAGUGAAAGAUGCGCUUGGAAAAUGGGGAAAGAAGGCUGCGGAGGCCACCAAGAAGGCUGAAGAUCUUGCUGGCAACAUGUGGCAACACUUGAAGACAGGACCAAGUUUUGCUGAUGCUGCUGUGACAAGAAUUGCUCAGAGCACUAAAGUACUGGCAGAAGGUGGUUAUGAGAAGAUCUUUCGACAAAAUUUUGAGACUGUCCCAGAGGAGCAACUUCGAAAGACAUUUGCUUGCUACUUAUCUACAUCUGCUGGUCCAGUAAUGGGAACUCUAUUUUUGUCAUCAGCAAAGCUUGCAUUUUGCAGUGACGAUCCUCUUUCAUACAAUGUAGGUGACCGCACUGAAUGGAGCUAUUACAAGGUGAUUAUUCCGUUACAUCAACUGAAGGCAGUCAAUCCAUCAACGAGCAAAGUGAAAGCAGCUGAAAAGUACAUCCAGGUCGUCUCUGUUGACAACCAUGAGUUUUGGUUCAUGAGCUUUGUGCACUACGAUAGUGCUGUGAAACAUCUUCAAGAAGUAGUGCAGCCACACCCUCAGAGUCAGCCCCAGAGUGCAUAAAGAGUGUAAGCCCAAUUAUUUGCCAUGUCAUGGAAGAGGCAUAAUGUUGGAAAAACAUCUAUAAUGUGAAUGUUGUAUGUAUUUUUGUUCUGUUCGUGGAAUUGCUGUGCUAUGUUUCUUGUCGGAACCCACAGAUUACGGCUUUACUUUUCCUUUAUAGCGAUUAACGGAAUUUGGGACGUUGGAGGUUUUAGUCUGAGUCUAUAUGUUGUAAAUGACAUUUGUGAUUAUCUACAUGAUAUUUUCAGACUAUUA